AUGGCGUCGUUCACAUCUCCAGAUAUCGAUGAGAAGCUGGCCAUCCUCCAUCGAGAAAUGGCUUCACUUCGUGUCGAAUGUGACCGCCUUCUCAAUAAACAUCUUAUUGUGGAGCACACCCUGUCACAGAGUUGCUCUGGUUGGCCGAACGGAGCAGCAGACACAUCAUCUGCUUACAACACCGGAGGUGAAUCUUGUAGGAGUGUAUCAGUGACUCCCGACGGAGUUUUUAUGCCAACAACCAGUAAUACCCAAAUGAUUCAAUCUCAACAAUCACCUCGAGUCCUCCGAAGAACUGUCAAAAUGGCGAGUCCCGCAGUGCAACGUCGUCCAGCACCUCCUCCUCCUCCACAGAAUCUUCCACUAUUCUCUCGUCCUCCAACUGUUGUUUUACUUCCACAUGAUAGUCCAGAACAUAUCAAUCGACCGAUUCAUCGAACACAUCAAGAACUUCCAAUACCUGAAGACAUUGCUUCUGUGGUGUCAUCUACGAAGACUCCGAGAUCUAUAAUCCGAGCACCGUCAGCAGUAUUUGGAGCAUUGAAAGGAAGUAGUCUGAGGAAAUUGUCCAUUUCCAGAAAUAUUCAAAUGACGAGUAAAAACAAUAAAGAAGAGAGUGAAAAGAAGGAAAAAGAAGCAGAAGAUUAUGCGAAGAGAUUCAGAAUUCCCUCGUAUUCAGUUGUAUUGAAAGAAGAGAAAAAGAGAAGUUCGUUUCGUAUUCCAGUUCCUCAGUACUUCCGAUCAUCGAAAACGAAAACGAAGGUAUAUCAAGUAGAUGCUCCAGAAGAAGAAAUUGAGGAAGUAGUGGAUGAAGAGAGAAUGGCGGCGAAUAAAGAUUUGGGUGAUACGACAGUUCAUUACAAAUGGAAAGUGAAGAGAAGAUGUGAUGGAUCGAGAUAUAUUGUGAAACGACCGAUUCGAAGUCAGAUUCUGAAAAAGAGAGAGGCUCAGUUAUAUAGGGAAAGAGCGCCAAUUUCGACGGAUGAUGAUGCAAUGAGCGAGUUGAAGUUAGGAAGAUUCCAUACAAAAGAAGAGAGAAAGCGGAUAUUGGAGCGGGAGAAAACGAAGAAAUUGAUGAAAUUGCAACAGAAAAUGAUGGAAAAAGCACAUCCUUCUGAGCAGGUAAUCUACCAAAUGUCUCAACAGAAACUGGCCCGCCAAAAAGAAGCAAUGGUGAUGGAUGAAUUCGUAACGACUCGAGAAGUGCUCUCAAGUCGAACCCGUCCAGAUGGAAUUCACGGAGUUGUUUCGGUGACAACUGUCUAG